GUCGAUCGACAGAAUGAAGACCUUUGUAGUUAUUGUUGCAUUCUUACAACUUGCAAUAGUUGCAAGUCUGAGAAAACGCAAACCGGUCACUGUUACAUUGAAUGCUGGAAAAGAAAUACCAGUGAGUGGCUUCUUGAUAGACAAUUCGAAGUCAGACUGGAUAAACGAUGGGAAUACAAAUCAUUUGGACAAAAUAAAGGCAAUUUCGAAGCAAAAUAGCGAAAGCAUUUCUGCAAUUAAAUCUACACUAACAGACCUCAGUAAGGCAGUAAAUGGCUUGUUAAAAACAACUGUCCAGCAGGCUGAUCCAGCAAGUGAUGGUUACAUUGGAUGUUACAUGGACGACGGUAAUCGACAUCUCAAAUAUAAAAUAUCAGACCUGGGGAAUUCUAUAACCUUGUCUAAAUGCCGUGAACAUUGUAAAGGAUAUAAAUACACAGGCUUGCAGGCUCGGUCUUAUUGUCUUUGUGGAAAUAAACUAGCAAACAAACAGUAUCCAAGGGUACCAGAAUCAGAUUGUAACAUGCCUUGUGCUGGUGAAACUAAUCGAAUGUGCGGAGGUGGCUUAAGAAAUUCGAUAUAUUUGGGUAACUAG